GGAUCGGGAGCAGUACCGGAGCCUCCCUUCCUCCGUUUGUCCUCGGCGGCUGCACCGCCCCCUUCAGCUCACCCAGUCCCUCCUCCCGCCAUGGAGAAUAGAGGAGCUCGAAACCCCGCCCCACGUGCGACAGACCCUGGUGCUGCACGCAGGAGGACGCGUGCGCAAAUGCGUCCAGGAGGCGGGGCCUAACCCUCUUCUGAGCGCGACCGUUUGCUGGCGCCUAGGUUUGCCGUGGCGCAGAAGGUGUUGCGUUUUCCGUUCAAAAUGUUGCGCGUUUUGAGUUGGAACAUCAAUGGGAUACGUAGCCCCCUACAAGGGGCGGUAUGCCAGGAGCCCAACAACUGCACCGCCAUGGCCUUAGGGCGCCUUUUGGACGAGCUGGAUGCCGAUAUCGUCUGUUUCCAGGAGACCAAAGUGACCAGGGAUGUGCUGACAGAGCCCCUGGCUAUCGUUGAAGGCUAUAACUCCUAUUUCAGCUUCAGCCGCAACCGUAGUGGUUAUUCUGGUGUAGCCACCUUCUGUAAGGACAGCGCUACCCCAGUGGCAGCUGAAGAAGGCCUGAGUGGCUUGCUUGCCAGUCAGAAUGGGGAUGUGGGUUGCUAUGGAAAUAUGGAUGAGUUCACCCAAGAGGAACUUCGGGCUCUGGAUAGUGAGGGCCGAGCUCUCCUCACACAGCACAAGAUCCGCACAUGGGAAGGACAGGAGAAGACCUUGACCCUAAUCAAUGUGUACUGCCCCCAUGCGGACCCUGGGAAGCCUGAACGGCUGGCCUUUAAGAUGCACUUCUAUCGCUUGCUGCAGAUCCGAGCAGAAGCCCUCCUGGAGGCUGGCAGCCAUGUGAUCAUCCUGGGUGACCUGAACACAGCCCACCGUCCCAUUGACCACUGGGAUGCAGUCAAUAUGGAAUGCUUUGAAGAGGACCCAGGGCGCAAAUGGAUGGAUGGCUUGCUCAGUGUCCUGGGGUGCCAGGCUGGGGCCCAUAUAGGGCCCUUCAUCGAUAGCUACCGCUGCUUCCAACCAAAGAAGGAGGGAGCCUUCACCUGCUGGUCGGUGGUCAGUGGCGCCCGCCAUCUCAACUAUGGCUCCCGGCUUGACUACGUGCUGGGGGAUAGGGCCCUGGUCAUAGACACAUUCCAGGACUCCUUCCUGCUGCCGGAGGUGAUGGGCUCUGACCACUGCCCUGUGGGCGCAGUCUUGAGCGUGUCCUCUGUACCCACAAAACAGUGCCCACCCCUUUGUACCCGUUUCCUCCCGGAAUUUGCAGGCACCCAGCUCAAGAUUCGUCAUUUCCUAAUUCGCCUUGAACAAGAUCCUGUGUUUGGGCAUUCAGCACUGAAGCUCAGUAAUCAAACCCAGGUACAGACACGUCAAAACAAAGCCAGUGUGCGCUCAACCAGGCCCCGGCCAAGCCAGGCUGGCUCCAGCAGAGGCCAGAAGAACCUGAUGAGCUACUUUCAGCCAUCCUCUAGCCAUCCUCAAGCCUCUCCAGACUUGGAGCUUCCUAGUCUGAUGGGUGUCCCUGUGACCCCAGUGACCCCAGAACAGGAAGCAGCAGCCAAAAUGGUGGAAGUGCAGGCCAAGGCUUCAGAGACCAAGUAUGAGAAGGAGGGCCACUCUUCCUCUGUCUUCCUGCUUUGCUCCUCCUCAUUGGUGAGUUUUUGGUGCCUUGAUGCUGUGACCCAGUCCCUCACCCCACAUCCCAUCUGUCAGAAGUACAUGGGAACCAGUUGCCCCAGGAACUGUGCUUUUAAACCCCAUUCUACCUUGCUGGGAAAUGCAUUUAUGCAUAAAUAAAGCCUGUGUUUCAACAUACCACAUCGUGUGGACAUUUUAGACGUGCUCCAUAAAGUUGAGUUAGAGAAGCUGCUUCAAUGCUGGGUUUGCCCACUGCCUGUGGCCUGAUGAUACAGCUUUCAGGGAGAGGGGAGGAGGGAGGAUUGAAAGGGCUGAAGUUGAAUCGGCAAGGGAGGUGAGUAUGGUGUGGCCGUAAAUCAGAGCCUCCGAACUUACAUGUUCCACAGCUGCAACAAAUAGGCUACAGGGUGACAAGAUACGGAUCCCUCAGCCUUCACAGCUGCUAGGCAGGACCUGGGACCAUACAAGCCUCCUUAGCAAGUGGCCUCAUUAGUUUACACAAGUGUGCCAUGCAAAUAUUUUUUGUGUGCUCUAAGUUGGGAGAACUGCCUUGAACAAGUUGCUCACCAUAGCCAAGCCUAUUUUCUCACCUUGGGAAACCAGACUGGUAAGUCCUGUUCUAUAAGAUGCUAUGGGAAGGAAAGAGGAUAAUGGAUCGAGGAGGUUAUCCAUCCCCCCUUGUGGAAAAUACCUCCUCAGUUUUGGGGAACCACUCCUCCCCUCAAGGCAGUUUGGCUAGGGCAGGCUCUGUCUCCUGACUUCAAGGGCUACCUGAGGCCCGGGUUUCCUGGUUUACUGGUAAAGAGUCAAUCCCUGGAUUUUUGUUGAAACCAUUGGGAAAGAGUUAUAAAUCUGCCAAGUGCCCCAGCUCUUUGUGCAGCUCACUGGUUUUUGCCAUUUCCUUUCUGGGCGUUUAUGAGUAAAAUGGGGUGGUCAGACCGACAAGUGGUCUACGUUUCCCUCAUGACUCUGUCAAUUCUCUGAAGAGGUCAGACCUAGUGCAGUUGCCUGUGUCCAACAAAGAGCUACAAAUGUUGCAGUUUGCUCUUUAUUUUCAGGUUCAAGUCAGCUAGAGGCACACAGUGAAGCAGAAAGUAGGUCCAGCCCUAAGUGAAAUGCAGGUGGGGUUAGGAUCCCAGGCAGCUGGUUUCUCAGGCAUAGGUGGUGACAUACUGGGGUCCCAUGUUCCCAAAGUAAGAACGUUCCCACUCACUCAUGAGCUUGAAGUGCACAGGGCGGCGACAGAAAUUGCAGGCAGCCAUAGACAUGUCUUGGAGGGGCAGUCCCACCUCAGUCCAUGCUACCAGCAGCUUUUCUGAAGGUGGUAGGGGAGGGGAGGGAAGGAAUUGGUUAGAAUAGGCUUCCUAAUCCUUGUGUCAGUACAGAUGCUCAAAAAUAUUGAUCCCCUCAGCCCUUCAAGGUGCCAUGGAACCAGAAGUAACCUCUGUUUUCUCCAGUGUGUGCCAUGAAUGUUACCAUUUGUCUAUGUGUGCUACGAUGUGUAAAAGAUUGGAAAACACUCAGUUGACACAGUUUGAAGCCACACUAUCCUGGCCUGGAACACUCCUAAGUACAGGACAUGUUGUGUGCCCAGAAGUUAAUCCAUUUGAUUGGAAACUCCAAGCCUGAUGAAGAUGACACUGGCAGUAACCACAGGGUCAUUAGUGCUGUGACCAGGAAGCCUGGGGGCGGGGGGUACCUAGGAAUAUGGGAACCCAGAGGAAGGAACCUGACUGAGCUGAAGGAAGUACCUCAGGUGUGUACCAGGGCUUGGUCCUUAGCCCUUUCUAUGCUUACUCCCUUGGUGAUCUUGUCUAGUCUUUAAAUACCAUCUAUGUAUUGAUGAUUCUGAAAUUUUCUUCUCCAGCCCAGACCUCUCUCCUGAACUCCAGACUUGUAUAUCCAACUGCCUCUCUGUAUCUCUACCUGGCUGUCUAGUAGACAUCUCUUAACAUAAGCACAACUGAGCUACUGAUCUCCCUGCCCUCCAGCAAGCCUGCUCUACCUGCAGCCUUCCCCAUCUCAGUUGAUGGCAACUCCAGUUAGUCUAAAAAUUUCAGAUCUGAUCCUUUAUUUUUUUUCUCUCCCAACCCAUAUUCAAUCUUCAAAAUCUGACCACUUACCAUCUUCAUUGCUACCAUCAUGUCUGAGCCACCAUCAUCUCUCAGCUGGAAUGUUACAGUAGUCCCCUAAUGGGUCUCCUUGCUUCCACCUUUACUCCCCUUCAGUUUUAUUCUUAACAUAAACGUCAGAGAGAUUCUGUUAAAACCUGAGUCAGAUUAUGUCACUUCUCUGCUCAAAUCCUUCCAAAGGCUCUCCAUUUCAGAGAAAAACCCAAAAUCCUUCCAAUGGCCUUCAACAACCUGGCCUCGCAUUACCUUUUUCUCCUCAAUUUUCUAUCACUUUCUCACUUGCUUACACCACUCCAUCCACACUCCUUUCCUUAUUGUUCCUCAAAUACAAAAGCAGUACUCCUGUCUUAGGGUUUUUUCUGCCUUAGGCUAUUCCUGCUGCCUGGGAUGCCCUUCCCUUAGAUACAGCUAACACCUUCACCAACUUCAAAUCUUUGCUCAAGUGUCACUUCAAUUGUGUCUACUCUUACCACUCUAUUUAAAACUACAACCCUCCUCCAAAGUGUCCCUGCCCUAGCUCCUGCCUCUAGCACUUCCUAUUCCCCUUAUCCUGCUCAGUUUUUUUCCAU